AUGGUAGGGAAAAAGGCCGUACUGAAGAUCAUUAAGCACUGUGAGGAGUUUGUGCCUGCUCUAGUUACAGGUCAAUUGCUUGGUUUGGAUGUUGGUAGUGUUCUGGAAGUGACCAACUGUUUUCCCUUCCCUAUUAGAAAAGAGGAUGAUGAAGCAGAUGCAGAUGGUGCCAAUUAUCAGCUCUAG